CGGAGCCCGCCGGGAGCCCCGCAGCGGGACCCGCACGCCUCGCCGUCCGUCGGGCGCGGCCCCUCGCCCUCCCGAAGGGAGGCUUCGUUCACAAGUUCGAGCCCGCUCGCCUCGCUCCUGCGGACCGACCAUGUCUGGUGGCGCCGCAGAGAAGCAGAGCAGCACUCCGAGCUCCCUGUUCCUCUCGCCACCGGCGCCGUCCCCCAAGAAUGGCUCCAGCUCCGACUCCUCGGUGGGGGAGAAACUGGGCGGCGCGGCGCCCGAAGCUGGGGCCGGCCGCACGGAGGAGUACCGGCGUCGCCGCCACACCAUGGACAAGGACAGCCGUGGCGCGGCGGCGACCACCACCACCACCGAGCACCGCUUCUUCCGCCGCAGCGUCAUCUGCGACUCCAACGCCACGGCGCUGGAGCUGCCCGGCCUCCCUCUGCCUCUGCCCCAGCCCGCGGUGUCGGUGGCUGCGCCGCAGAGCGCCCCGCCGGAGCCGCCCCGUGAGGAGACCUUGACGGCCGCCGCCGCCGUGCAAGUAGCCCAGCCGCCCCCCGCCGCUGCCGGCCCCGGGGAGCCAGUCAGCUCAGGCCCUGCCGCUGCCGCCGCCGCCCCCAGCAGUGCCGGCAGAGAUCGGCAGGCGUCCCAGCCCAACCAUGUGGGGAGCAAAGAGGAGCCUUCGGCGGCCAGGAGCGGCAGCGGCGGCGGCAGCGCCAAGGAACCACAGGAGGAACGCAGCCAGCAGCAGCAGGAUGAUAUCGAAGAGCUGGAGACCAAGGCCGUGGGAAUGUCCAACGAUGGCCGCUUUCUCAAGUUCGACAUCGAAAUUGGCAGAGGCUCCUUUAAGACCGUCUACAAAGGUCUGGACACUGAAACCACGGUGGAGGUCGCCUGGUGUGAACUGCAGGAUCGCAAAUUAACAAAGUCUGAGAGGCAGAGAUUUAAAGAAGAGGCUGAAAUGUUAAAGGGCCUUCAGCAUCCCAAUAUUGUUCGAUUCUAUGAUUCCUGGGAGUCCACAGUAAAAGGAAAGAAGUGCAUUGUUUUGGUGACUGAACUUAUGACAUCUGGAACACUUAAAACGUACCUGAAAAGGUUUAAGGUGAUGAAGAUCAAAGUUCUAAGAAGCUGGUGCCGUCAGAUCCUUAAAGGACUUCAGUUUCUUCAUACUCGAACUCCACCUAUUAUUCACCGAGAUCUUAAGUGUGACAAUAUCUUUAUCACUGGCCCUACAGGCUCAGUCAAGAUUGGAGACCUAGGUCUGGCAACCCUGAAGCGGGCUUCUUUUGCCAAGAGUGUGAUAGGUACCCCAGAGUUCAUGGCCCCUGAGAUGUAUGAGGAAAAAUAUGAUGAAUCUGUUGAUGUUUACGCUUUUGGAAUGUGCAUGCUUGAGAUGGCCACAUCGGAAUACCCUUACUCAGAGUGCCAAAAUGCUGCGCAGAUCUACCGUCGAGUGACCAGUGGAGUAAAGCCAGCCAGUUUUGACAAAGUAGCAAUUCCUGAAGUGAAGGAAAUUAUUGAAGGAUGCAUAAGGCAAAACAAAGAUGAAAGGUAUUCUAUCAAAGACCUUUUGAACCAUGCCUUCUUCCAGGAGGAAACAGGGGUACGGGUAGAAUUAGCAGAAGAAGAUGAUGGAGAAAAGAUAGCCAUUAAAUUAUGGCUACGUAUUGAAGAUAUUAAGAAAUUAAAGGGAAAAUACAAAGACAAUGAAGCUAUUGAGUUUUCCUUUGACUUGGAAAGAGAUGUGCCAGAAGAUGUUGCUCAAGAAAUGGUAGAGUCUGGGUACGUCUGUGAAGGUGAUCACAAGACCAUGGCAAAAGCCAUCAAAGAUAGAGUAUCAUUAAUUAAGAGAAAACGAGAACAGCGGCAGUUGGUUCGAGAGGAGCAAGAAAAAAGAAAGCAGGAAGAGGGCAGUCUCAAACAGCAGGUAGAACAACAAUCAAGUACUUCCCAGGCAGGAGUCAAGCAGAUCCCUUCUGUCAGCACUGGCAUGCCUACUGCUUCUACCACUUCAGCUUCAGUUUCUACGCAAGUAGAACCUGAAGAACCUGAGGCAGAUCAACAUCAACAGCUACAGUACCAACAAACUAGUAUAUCUGUAUUAUCUGACGGGACUGUUGACAGUGGUCAAGGAUCUUCUGUCUUCACAGAAUCUCGAGUGAGCAGCCAACAGACAGUUUCAUAUGGGUCCCAGCAUGAACAGGCACAUUCUACUGGCACACUCCCAGGGCAUACAGCUUCUGUUGUCCAGGCACAAUCUCAGCCCCAUGGGGUCUAUCCACCCUCAAGUGUGCCUCAGUCCAUGGCGCAUCCGUGUGGGGGGACCCCAACAUACCCAGAAUCACAGAUAUUUUUCCCAACUAUUCAUGAACGUCCAGUUUCUUUUUCACCACCUCCCACCUGUCCACCGAAGGUGGCCAUUUCCCAGCGACGUAAGAGCACCUCCUUCUUGGAAGCCCAAACUCGCCACUUCCAACCCCUGCUGAGGACUGUUGGCCAAAAUCUUCUUCCACCUGGUGGCAGCCCAACUAACUGGACACCAGAGGCUGUAGUUAUGUUGGGCACUACAGCCAGUAGAAUAACUGGAGAGCCAUGUGAGAUACAGGUCCAUCCUAUGUUUGAACCAACUGAAGUUCACAGUGACUAUAGACCUGGACUGGUACUUCCAGAAGAAGCUCACUAUUUUAUUCCUCAGGAAGCAAUGUAUUUAGCUUACCAGGCCCAGGUGACAGAACAGUAUGAGGGUAUUCCAUACAACUCACCAGUACCGUCAAGUCCUAUGAAACAGAUACCUGAACAGAAGCCAGUACAAGGGGGCCCUACUUCAAGUUCUGUCUUUGAAUUUCCAUCUGGACAGGCUUUCCUGGUAGGACACCUUCAAAAUCUAAGGUUAGGUUCUGGAUUGAGUCCAGGAUCUCCCCUCUCUAGUAUUUCUGCACCUAUCAGUACAGAUGCUACAUGUUUGAAAUUUCACCCUGUCUUUGUUCCUCAUUCUGCGCCUGCUGUGUUAACUCAUAACCAUGAGAGCAGAAGCAAUUGUGUAUUUGAGUUUCAUGUUCACACUCCAAGCUCCUCUUCAGGAGAAGGAGGAGGAAUUUUACCUCAGCGUGUUUACCGAAAUCGGCAGGUUGCAGUGGACUUGAAACAGGAAGAACCACCUCCUCAAUCAGUUGGAUUACACAGCCGCCUACAGCCUGUGACUGAAGAACAGCGUAAUUACCAUGCCCCAGAAUUGACCAUUUCUGUGGUAGAGUCUAUCGGACAGACCUGGCCAAUAGGAAGCCCAGAAUACUCCAGUGAUUCCUCACAAAUUACUUCUUCAGACCCCAGUGAUUUUCAAUCACCUCCCCCUACAGGGGGAGCAGCUGCACCAUUUGGCUCUGACGUCUCAUUACCCUUUAUCCAUCUGCCUCAGACAGUGUUACAAGAAUCCCCACUUUUCUUCUGUUUCCCCCAAGGAACCACAUCUCAGCAGGUUUUAUCUGCCUCAUUUUCUUCAGGAGGAUCUGCACUCCAUCCACAGGCACAGGGGCAAAGCCAGGGUCAGCCAUCCUCAAGUAGCUUAACAGGGAUUCCAUCUUCCCUCCCCAUACAACAUUCUCAGCAGCAGCAGGGAGUACAGCAGACAGCCCCUCCACAACAGACAGCGCAGUAUUCGCUUCCACAGACAUCAGCCUCCAGUGAGGCCACUAUUGCACAACCAGUCAGUCAGUCUCAGGCUCCACAGGUCUUGCCUCAAAUAUCAGCUGGAAAACAGGGCUUUCCAUCUCGACUGCCACCACAGUACCCAGGAGAUUCAAAUAUUGCUCCUUCUUCCAGCGUGGCUUCUAUUUGCAUCCCUUCUACAGUCCUAUCCCCUCCCAUGCCCACAGAAGCACUGGCUACACCGGGUUACUUUCCUACAGUGGUGCAGCCUUUUGUGGAAUCUAACCUUUUGGUUCCUGUGGGCAGUAUAGGAGGACAGGUUCAAGUGUCCCAGCCAGCAGUGAGUUUAGCACAACAAGCCCCCACUACAUCCUCCCAGCAAGCAGCUCUGGAGAGCACUCAGGGAGUCUCUCAAGUUGCUCCUCCAGAGCCAGUUCUAGUGGCACAGGCACAGCCUACCACUUUGGUCUCCUCUAUAGACAGUGCACAUUCAGAUGUUGCUUCAGGAAUGAGUGAUGGCAAUGAGAAUGUCCCGUCCUCCAGUGGAAGGCAUGAAGGGAGAGCUACAAAACGACAUUACCGAAAAUCUGUAAGAAGUCGCUCUCGUCAUGAAAAGACUUCGCGUCCAAAAUUAAGAAUUUUAAAUGUUUCAAAUAAAGGAGACCGAGUAGUAGAAUGUCAACUAGAGACUCAUAAUCGGAAAAUGGUUACAUUCAAAUUUGAUUUAGAUGGUGACAAUCCUGAGGAGAUAGCAACAAUUAUGGUGAACAAUGACUUUAUUCUAGCAAUGGAGAGAGAGUCCUUUGUGGAUCAAGUACGAGAAAUUAUUGAAAAAGCUGAUGAAAUGCUCAGUGAGGAUGUCAGUGUGGAACCAGAGGGUGACCAGGGAUUGGAGAGUCUGCAGGGAAAGGAUGACUAUGGCUUUACAGGUUCUCAAAAAUUGGAAGGAGAAUUCAAACAACCAGUUCCUGCGUCUUCCAUGCCACAGCAAAUAGGCAUUCCUACCAGUUCUUUAACUCAAGUUGUUCAUUCUGCUGGAAGACGGUUUAUAGUGAGUCCUGUGCCAGAAAGUCGAUUACGAGAAUCAAAAGUUUUCACUAGUGAAAUACCAGAUACAGUUGCUGCCUCUACUUCUCACAGCGCUGGAAUGAACUUGUCUCACUCUGCUUCAUCCCUUAGCCUACAGCAAGCCUUUUCUGAACUUAGACAUACGCAGAUGACAGAAGGGCCCAGUACAGCACCUCCCAACUUCAGUCAUACAGGACCAACAUUUCCAGUUGUUCCUCCUUCCAUGAGUAGCAUUGCUGGAGUCCCAACCACAGCAGUAGCCACACCUUCAGUAUCAGUGCCUGCAACUAGCAGCCCUCUAAAUGACAUUUCCACAUCAGUAAUUCAAUCUGAGAUUCCAGUGCCCACUGAAACAGGGGUUGGUGGAGUUCCCACCUGCACAAGUGUAAUGCCUUCAAGUGGUCUCCCUGUACCACCCAUAUCUGAAUCACCAAUAUUUUCCACUAUGGUUUCAAGCAUCACAGUACCUACAGUUGUCUCAAUAUCAGCAACAUCCCAGCCAGUUCAAGCUCCCACAUCUGGGAGCACUGUUUCUAGCAUAGGAACUUUGCCUUCUAUACCAGUUUCAACAACUUUAGCUUCUGCAGUGGGCAGUGUUGCUGUCCCAGGUGCUAAGCCUCCACCUGUACUAUCACAGCAGGCAGCAGGCAGUACUACUGGGGCAGCCACAUUAACAUCCGUUCCUGCCAUCACUCCGUUCCCAAGCAUAGCUUCACAGCCAUCUCUUCAGCUUAGCAGCAGCACCUCUGCUCCAACUCUAGCUGAAACAGUGGUGGUUAGUGCACACUCACUAGAUAAAACAUCUCAUAGCAGUACAACUGGAUUGGCUUUGUCCCUGUCUGCAUCAUCGUCCUCCCCUGGAGCAGGAUUAUCUAGUUCUAUUUCUCAGCCUGGUGGGGUGCAUCCUUUGGUUACCCCAUCAGCUAUGGCUUCUAUUCCUGCCCUUCCUCAAACAGCAGGACCUACUUCUACACCUUUAUUGCCCCAAGUACUUAGUAUCCCACCCUUGGUACAACCUGUUGCCAGUGUGCCUGCUGUGCAGCAGACACUAAUUCAUAGUCAGCCUCAACCAGCUUUACUUCCCAACCAGCCCCACACUCACUGUCCUGAAGUAGAUGCUGACUUACAGCCCAAAGCUCCUGGAAUUGAUGACAUAAAGACUCUAGAGGAAAAGCUGCGGUCUCUCUUUAGUGAACCGAGCUCAUCUGGAGCCCAGCAUACAUCGGUCUCACUAGAGACUUCACUGGUAGUAGAGACCACUGUCACACCAGGUAUCCCAACCACUGCUAUUGCACCAAACAAGCUCAUGACAUCUACUACGAGUACGUGCUUACCACCAACCAGUUUGCAAUUAGGAACAUCUGGUUUGUCAGUUAUACCAGUGGUCACGCCUGGGCAGGUUUCUACCCCAGUCAGCUAUGUGUCAGCCCCAGUCAGCACUACAUCAGGAGUGAAAGCUGGAACUGCUCCAUCAAAGCCACCUUUGACUAAAGCUCCAGUGCUGCCAGUGGGUACUGAACUUCCAGCUGGUACUCCACCCAGCGAGCAGCUGCCACCUUUUCCAGGACCUUCACUAACUCAGUCCCAGCAACCUCUGGAAGAUCUUGAUGCUCAGUUGAGAAGAACACUUAGUCCAGAGACUAUUGCGGUGACAUCUACAAUUGGUCCUGUGUCCGUGGUGGCUCCAACAGCAGUCACAGAAGCAGGAGCACAGCCUCAGAAAGAUGUUUCUCAGAUCACAGAAGUUCCUGUCCUAGCAACUACUUCGGGAACUGGUGUUUUUAAGAUGGGAAGAUUUCAGGUUUCAGUUGCAAUGGAUGAUGUUCAAAAGGAGGGUAAAAAUAAGUUAGAAGAUGGAAAGUCUGUUCAUUUUGAAUCCAGCACUUCAGAGUCCUCAGUGCUAUCAAGUAGUAGUCCAGAAAGUACCCUGGUGAAGACAGAGCCUAAUGGGAUAACCAUCCCUGGCAUCUCAUCAGAUAUGCCAGAUAGUGCCCACAAAACUCCUGCCUCAGAAGCAAAGUCAGAAACUGGGCAGUCUACCAAGGUUGGACGUUUUCAGGUGACAACUACAGCAAACAAAGUAGGUCGUUUCUCUGUGUCAAGAACUGAAGACAAGCUCAUUGAGGCAAAGAAAGAGGGACCAAUAGCGUCUCCUCCUUUUAUGGAUUUGGAACAAGGUGUUCUUCCAGCUGUGAUACCAAAGAAAGAAAAGCCUGAACUGUCAGAGCCUUCACAUCUGAACGGACCGUCUUCUGACCUGGAGGCCGCCUUCCUGAGCAGGGAUGUGGAUGAUGGUUCAGGUAGUCCACACUCCCCCCAUCAGCUGAGCUCAAAGAGCCUGCCUAUCCAGAAUCUAAGUCAAAGCCUUAGUAAUUCAUUCAACUCCUCUUACAUGAGUAGUGACAAUGAGUCAGAUAUUGAAGAUGAAGAUUUAAAAUUAGAGCUACGAAGACUACGAGAAAAACAUCUUAAAGAGAUUCAAGACCUGCAGAGUCGCCAGAAGCAUGAAAUUGAAUCUUUGUAUACCAAACUGGGAAAGGUUCCCCCUGCUGUCAUUAUCCCCCCAGCUGCCCCCCUUACAGGGAGAAGAAGGCGACCCACUAAAAGCAAAGGCAGCAAGUCUAGUCGCAGCAGUUCCUUGGGGAAUAAAAGUCCCCAGCUUUCAGGUAACCUGUCUGGUCAGAGUGCUGCUUCAGUUUUGCACGCUCAGCAGACCCUCCACCCUCCUGGCAACAUCCCUGAGACUGGGCCAAAUCAGCUGUUACAGCCCCUUAAGCCAUCUCCCUCCAGUGACAACCUCUACUCAGCCUUUACCAGUGAUGGUGCCAUUUCAGUCCCAAGCCUUUCUGCUCCAGGUCAAGGGACCAGCAGCACAAACACUGUCGGGGGAACAGUGAACAGCCAAGCUGCCCCAGCUCAGCCUCCUGCCAUGACAUCCAGCAGGAAGGGCACAUUCACAGAUGACCUGCACAAGUUGGUAGACAAUUGGGCCCGAGAUGCCAUGAACCUCUCAGGCAGAAGAGGAAGCAAAGGACACAUGAAUUAUGAGGGCCCUGGAAUGGCAAGAAAGUUCUCCGCACCUGGUCAGCUGUGCAUCUCCAUGACCUCAAAUCUGGGUGGUUCUGCCCCCAUCUCUGCAGCAUCAGCUACCUCUCUAGGUCACUUCACCAAGUCUAUGUGCCCCCCACAGCAGUACGGUUUUCCAGCUCCCCCCUUUGGCACUCAGUGGAGUGGGACGGGUGGCCCGGCACCACAGCCACUUGGCCAGUUCCAGCCUGUGGGAACUGCCUCCUUACAGAAUUUCAACAUCAGCAAUUUGCAGAAAUCCAUCAGCAACCCCCCAGGUUCCAACCUGCGGACCACUUAGACCUAGAGACUUUAACUGAGUAGAUUUGGGGGCAGGAGAUGGAAUG